UCUAGGAGAAUUAGCAAUGGGAAAAAUUAGCCUACAUUUCCCGGUAGUUUACCACACUCAUGCUGUCACAGUUGACCAACUCCAGCCAACUAUCAAGCAUAUGAAGAAUGAGCCUUGUCCAUUUGGAUCUAGGAGGUCUUGACCCCGCCAUACUGAGAGACCAACUCUUGGAGCUAUGGACCCAGAAUGAUCUAAAGAUGCUACAUUUGGCUGCGCUCCAGGGCUUUUCAAAACUCAGCGAUCCCCUAGAGGCCAUCCUAACAAUCCUGGAGAGCUGUCCUGGCAAACAAAAAGGUCGGAGCCACACCCUUCGCUACCGCAUCCUCAUGGAAUUCCAGACAUGGAUGAAAGAACAUCCUCAGGUGAGCUUGAGUUCACUACCAGAACAACAAGCAUUGUCUCUCCAGCAGCAAGCGUUGCGCCUGCUUACAGACACACAAUCCAACUUUGUGGAAGCUCUUAUAAACAUCUACCAACUCAACACUCUGGAUUCGUCUGUGCUCAAACUACAAAUUAUCAGACUGCAAGCACUUAACUUUUAUAAAGAGGCCGUUGAUAUUGCCAUUAAAUUGAAGUUGCAGGAUCAACUAAGUGUGGAGGAGAUGUGUAUACCACUCAUCUUGCAAGAUAAGUUGUCAUUGGCAGAGUCAUAUGUAAAUGGCUAUAAACACCUUGUACAAGCACUUGUCACUCUGCUGGACUCCUGGUGCCACCCUGACUUUGACGUGAACCAGAUAAUCAUGCAGUUUCCACAGCUUUCCCUCUCCAGACAUCACAUGGGAGCAAUUCAACCCAAGAUGCUUACAAAACAUGUCAUAAGACUGGUGGAGAAGUACAAUAUUGAUCAAGCACUGUGCCCUAAUGCACUGUAUAAAAGGAGACUAGACUCUUUACGCUACCUCAUGUACAAGGCAUUUGUGGAGCAUGGAAUGACAGAAGAGAACUGGAGUGAUCUUGUGCAAGCUGUAAUAAAAGAUGACUUGGAGCUUCAGAUCCAGCUGGUGGACAUGUUAGUCAGGUAUACUUGUCUCCGCAAAGCAGCUCAAUGGUCAAUCAGAUACAAUAUCCCUCCAGAACGCUUACCUUGUGGAGUUUGGGAAACUCAGCAGACAUUACCUAAACAUUUACGACAUAUUCUUUUGGACUCAACCCAGAGUGAAGACUGGGUGCCAUCAUCGUCUUAUUGUGAAAAAUUUUACCAGGUCCCUCUUACGAGAGACAAAGUUAUAUUUGUAGAUACCCAAGAGGCUC